AUGUCAAAUUUCGAUAAUUUCGGGUCAUUUAAUAACAAUAAUGCAGGUGCGUCUUCUUCUAUAUCUUUAACGCACACGGUCACAGAAUCAGUUCGUAAAAACUAUAAAAAGCUGAAAACAUUAGUACUGAGAUUAAAGCCUGGUAGUCGACAAGUUGAGCUAUCAUCGCUAGACUUCAAACAACUUGACGCAUUCGUUGAUGAAAUGAUUGGCGAUCUUCAAAACACAUUUACGACUAAUAUCAAUGAUUUGCGUGCACGAAUAAAAAGCGCACGACCUGAUCCGUCAGAUCCUGACUACACUACCAAGAUGCAAAUCUAUCAAGAGCUAUUGAAUACCAUGGUUCCAGUCAUUCAAAANGAAAUCGAUACCUCCAAUGAUGAGCUAAGUCAUCGUACAUCAUAA